CAGAGACACACAGAGACACACAGACACACAGAGACACACAGAGACACACACAGAGAGAGACGUCUCGCACCUCGUGCUCACCGCCAUGGACGUGUUCAUCAAGGAGCCCUCGCUCGACUGGAAGGUAGUGGGACACACAGAGACACAGACACACAGAGAGAGACACAGAGAGACACACACACAGAGACACAGAGAGAGACAUCUCGCACCUCGUGCUCACCGCCAUGGACGUGUUCAUCAAGGAGCCCUCGCUCGACUGGAAGGUCGUGGGACACACGAGGGAGACAGAGACAGACAGAGAGAGAGACACACACAGAGAGACAGAGAGACACACAGAGAGACAGAGAGACACACACAGAGAGACACACACAGAGAGACGUCUCGCACCUCGUGCUCACCGCCAUGGACGUGUUCAUCAAGGAGCCCUCGCUCGACUGGAAGGUCGUGGGACACACAGAGACAGAGACACACAGAGAGAGACAGAGAGACACACAGAGACACACACAGAGACACACACAGAGACACACACAGAGACACAGAGAGCCAGAGAGAGACACACAGAGAGACGUCUCACACCUCGUGCUCACCGCCAUGGACGUGUUCAUUAAGGAGCCCUCGCUCGACUGGAAGGUCGUGGGACACAGAGAGACACACAGAGACACAGACACACAGAGACACAGACACACAGAGAGACACAGAGACACACAGAGAGACACACACAGAGACACAGAGACACACACAGAGAGACGUCUCACACCUCGUGCUCACCGCCAUGGACGUGUUCAUCAAGGAGCCCUCGCUCGACUGGAAGGUCGUGAGACACAGAGAGACAGAGAGACACACAGAGACACAGAGAGAGACACACAGAGACACAGAGACACACACACAGAGAGAGACACAGACACACACAGAGAGACAUCUCACACCUCGUGCUCACCGCCAUGGACGUGUUCAUCAAGGAGCCCUCGCUCGACUGGAAGGUCGUGGGACACGCAGAGAGACACAGAGACACAGACACACAGAGACACAGACACACAGAGAGAGACACAGAGACACACAGAGACACACAGAGACACAGAGAGACACAGAGAGACACAGAGAGACACAGACACACACAGAGAGACAUCUCGCACCUCGUGCUCACCGCCAUGGACGUGUUCAUUAAGGAGCCCUCGCUCGACUGGAAGGUCGUGGGACACGCAGAGAGACACAGAGACACAGACACACAGAGAGACACACACAGAGACACACACACAGAGAGACAGAGACACACAGAGACACACAGAGACACAGAGAGACACAGACACACACAGAGAGACAUCUCACACCUCGUGCUCACCGCCAUGGACGUGUUCAUUAAGGAGCCCUCGCUCGACUGGAAGGUCGUGGGACACGCAGAGAGACACAGAGACACAGACACACAGAGAGACACACACACAGAGAGACAGAGACACACAGAGACACAGAGAGACACAGAGAGACACACAGAGACACAGAGAGACACAGAGAGACACAGACACACACAGAGAGACAUCUCACACCUCGUGCUCACCGCCAUGGACGUGUUCAUUAAGGAGCCCUCGCUCGACUGGAAGGUAGUGAGAGACAGAGACACACAGACACACAGACAGAGACACACAGAGACACAGAGACACACAGAGAGACACGCACAGAGAGACACACAGAGAGAGACAUCUCACACCUCGUGCUCACCGCCAUGGACGUGUUCAUUAAGGAGCCCUCGCUCGACUGGAAGGUCGUGGGACACACAGAGACAGAGAGACACACAGAGAGACACACAGAGACAGAGAGACACACAGAGAGACACAGAGAGACACAGAGACAGAGAGACACACAGAGAGAGACAUCUCACACCUCGUGCUCACCGCCAUGGACUUGUUCAUUAAGGAGCCCUCGCUCGACUGGAAGGUAGUGGGACAGGGGGGGACAGAGAGACAGAGACACACAGAGACACACAGAGACACACAGAGAGACACACACAGAGACACACACAGAGACACACACACAGAGACAGAGACACACACAGAGACACACACAGAGACAGACACACAGAGAGACACAGACACACACAGAGAGACGUCUCGCACCUCGUGCUCACCGCCAUGGACGUGUUUAUCAAGGAGCCCUCGCUCGACUGGAAGGUCGUGAGACACAGAGAGACACACAGAGACACACAGAGACACACAGAGAGACACAGA